AUGGAUAAGCGUAUAUCCUCAACAAAUUGUUUACGUCUUCCAUGUUCCUCCACAAAUGGAGGAAAAUUAAUAAUAAAUGGGGGAAUUUCUUCAACAACUUCAGAUUCUUCUUUGGAUAAUUCAAUAAAAAAUGAAAAAAUAAAUAAUUUAAAUAAUAUAAAAUUAGAAGAAAAUGAAGGGGGAAUAUUAAAUAAUAAUGAAAGUGGGGGAGGGAUAUCCCCAGGUUCCCAAUUAGAAGCUGAACCUAAAAUGCAGCAACAACAUUUGGCUAGUAUGUAUUUGGGAAAUCUUUCACCUAGCGCUAUGAUAAACUAUUACCCGCCAUUUCGUAAUGGAGCAUAUGCCGGUGUUUAUGGCAAUAGUUACACCAAUAAUUCUAUGGAUAUGUAUACAGCGGCUUAUCCAACAAUGGCUGUUGCCGCCGCUGCAAAUAUGAGCAUGAAUGGAUACACAAAUAAUAUUAGCUCUGCUAUGAAUAAUCUUCCUCAAAGUUUAAAUGGUUUUAUGAAUUAA